UCAGCACCAUGAAGCUCCUGUUCAUUUUGUCCGCUGUUUUUCUAACCACGGCCCAGGCCAACUUCUUCACCGAUCUCGGUCAAGGUUUCACCAACCUCUUCAAGGCCCUUGGACAGAGCAUCUUGCACCAGCUGGACACUACUGGAGUUCAACUUCUGAACGCUAGUGUCGCAGCAGGGAAGACCCUUAUAUCGCAAGGAAUUCAAGCCCUUGCUCUGAAUACUGCAAAUGCUCUUGCAAAAUCAUCCCGAGACAUACAGCUCCCCGCCAUGCUCAAGAACGUGGAGUCCCCCCUCCACAACGUUGUGGACACUCUGAUGGGUGAGAUGAAGAACGUGUUCGGUUUCCUGGUCAAGGGUCUGCAGGGCGUCGUGGACAAGAUGACCAAGCUGGAGAUCACCCAUGAGGAGGUCAUCAAGGAGGUCGACAAGUUUGUCAACACCCACAACCUUAUUGCUGAUUCCUUCCUGAAGACGACCAAGGACAAGGUCGAGGAGGUCAUCUUCAGCCUCAUCAAGAGCAAGAGGAAUAACUUUACAGAUUUCUUCGCAGGCACUGGGGAAAGUCUGACUAAAACCUUCAAGCCAAUGGUUGAUGGUGUCAAGACUCUGGCUACCGCAGCUGGAGCGAUCCAUCAAGAGCGGAUCUACCAUCCUCCUCCUGAAGGCCAAGGACUCCGUCACCCAGCUGGGGCAGACGUUCCGGCGCACCGUUCAGUGCCCAGCCGGAUGCAACUAUGUCAUAUGUUGUUCCCUGUUACCCCCAACAGCAAACCCUCACCAACAUGAAGGAGCCCGCUAACAAGAUUGCCCAGACCGUCGUAGAUGCUGGACAAACCGUAGUCGGGCACGCCGCUGGGGCUCUCCUUGGCACCAACACCGAUCCGGACGCCACAACCGUAGCCCCUUCCACAUAGUCUGUUAUCAGUUUUUGUGGAAUAAAUACUUAACCAAG